AUGGAUUCGCUAUCGCGCCCGAGUCCGAGGCUUGCGAGAGCGGUGACGGCGUGUCAGAGUUGCGUGUACGCGCAGUGCGAUCUGAAGCAUCCCGAUUGCUCGAAUUGCGAAAGCGCACACGUCCGGUGCUUGACUUAUCACUCAGGGAAACAUGCCGAAAUACCUCGCAAUUACGUGUCCGAACUAGAGGCGCAGGUCGAACAGUUGAAUCGGGAAAAUCAAGAACUACGAACGCGAACUCAGCCUACUCAAGUCAUCAGUGCAGAUUAUACUUCGUUAGCACCGUCUUCUCCGAGUGUCAGGGACGUCGUAGUUGAGCCGUCAAGACAGCCGCGGUUCUUGGGACCAAGCAGUGGCAUCACGCUCGCCAGAAUGGUUAUGGCAUCAAUCCGCACCGACGCCCUGCCACCCUCUGCUCUAUUCCCUAAAGACCGUUCACAUGGCCAAUAUUCGUCUGCGUCUGCGCCUGCACUAGCACCCGAGUCUUCUCUUCCCCAACGCUACGCUGCAGAUCAUCUUGUCCAGGUCUACUUCCAGUACCGUACGCCCCAUCUACCAAUCAUGGAGCGGUCACAGGUCGAGGAAGCCCUUGAGAGCGCCUACCUCUUCAUAGUCGGUCACCAACCCGCAAAUCGAGUAGUCGAGAGGGAUAUUUUCACUACCUACAUGAUCUUCGCCAUCGCCCUCUGCAACGUUCCCAAUCCGUCUGGUGGUACAAGUCGAGUAAUUCAGAGCGAGGGCUGCUUCCGGUCCGCGAUUGGCUGGAUCAAUAAGGUUAUCACCUGCUCAAAAAGCGACCUCGAGACUCUCCGGGCUGUACUCCUUUUGGCUCAAUUUGUUUCAAUGUGCCCCUGGCAGGGGAGCUUAUGGCAUCUAAUUGGCAUCGCCCUACGAUUGUGCAUUGACAUGGGCCUGUAUUGGGAAACUGAAGGACAGUUUCUCGAUGCAGAUUCAGCAUUGUUGAAUGAUCGCCGGCGCUUAUGGUACUCUGCCUACCAUUUUGACCGUGUAUUGGGCAUCACGCUCGGUCGCUCCUUUGGCAUCAACGACGAAAGCACUCGGACCAACGACUUUAACAUUCACCACCAACGAGCUCACAACCACUUGUUCAGCAUGGCAAAGCUCGAAUCGGAAAUCAAGCAUGUACAGCACAGCCAAGCCUCGCCUCUAAAGAAAGCCUACCCCAAGCCAAACUUCGCAAUGUGUGUCCAGGACAUCCAACCUCGUCUGCAGGAAUGGUACAGCACUAUUCCGAACCCUGGUAAAGCACACCCAUCUUCCAUAUUCGCGUAUCAGACUUACUGGGAUGCCAUUUACAAUAACUCGAUCCUACUGCUGUACCGGCCCAAUUCUAGCGUCCAACAACAGCCUCCAGAAGCAUUGUCCAUUUCUUAUGAGGUCGCCUGCAACCUAAUCUCAGGCAUCAAGACACUACAGCGAGAGGGGAAACUCGAUGUGCUGUGGAAGUCGGUCCAUGAUCUCUUCAUAGCAGGCUUGACAAUUAUAUAUGGCCUCUGGCAGUCGAAAGAGAUACGAGACCGGAAUCCCGUCAGUAAUAGCAUCUCAACGCUUCAAUCCUGCGCUUCAACGCUCUCUGCCAUGUCAGAAACCUUCCAGGGCGCUGCAGGCUGUCGCGAUAUCUUUGAUACUCUCUCUUCGGUAACAACCGACUGGCUAGUCCCCAAUGACGCCGAGAAAACACGCCAAACCGGUGAGAAACAAGUAGAGGAUCUACUGCUACAACUGCAGCCCCCUCGUGGAGGUAUGUUCACCAGCGGAGACAGCGCCUACGACAUGUCAACUAUGCUCUCCACCGACAACUUUGCUUUUGGCGAGAUGCUUAGUUCCGCUCAGUGGCCUGAGUUCCCGGGCAUGAACUUUGGCGACCUGUUCCUAUGA